AUGGCGGCGGCGGCGGUGGUCCCUUGCAGGGGCGGGCAGAGAGAGGGAGGUGAGACAGGGAGGAAAGAAGGAGGAAGGAGCAGGGGCAGCGCGACUCACCGGGACGGCGGCAGGACCGGCACGGAAGAGGCGCCGGCGGGCAGACGACGGGGCCGAGGGAGAUCUCGGGCGGCGAGGUUGCCUGGCGGCGGCGGAGGCGGGCAGCCGCGGGUGCUUGCGGGCGGGGUCGGGCCGACCUGGGCCUCGACGGGCUUCAAAGGGCCCCGCGCGGGUUGGAGCGGGCCGACGGCGGGGAAGGCGCUGGAGGGGGACGUGCGGGACAGCGCCGCACGCGAGCCAAACCCCUGCGCAACCCUACCGAGGCCCUUCCCCCACUUUCCCUUGACCAUACAGCCUCCGCAGGAGAUUUGGAUCUCGCUAGAGGAGCUCGAGACCACCGCCAUUCGUCGAUCCGUUCUGUCACCAAACGCAGCAGAGGGAGAGGUACGAACUCGUCUGCCGUCGCCGGAGCAGCCGCAGUUCACUUCGUCACCACCGCCGUUCGAGGGAGCCCCGCCGCCGUCAAACACCAGCACCACCUCCGCUACUAUCCGUCGUACCCACCCAGCCCCUCACCUUCAUCCGGGAGCCACCGGAGAGCCGCCGCCGCCAAUGCCCGACCCGCCACUGCCGCUUCCUCUGCUUCUGAUUGUCCGGAGUGCGACACGAGCUAUUGUCAGGAGUGUGACUUUUUGAACCAGGACCA